AUGGUUUCGUGUUUCUCCGUCGCUCCCAUACACAACGACAAGUACGACUAUUACAUCGACGAUUACAUCUCCGAUGACGACCCGAACCUCGACCCGGACGUCCGUACGCUUCGCAAGGCGAAGCAAAGGCGCUACGAGGAGCGGCUCGCGAAGGAAGCGGCGAAAGCGGCGGAGGAAAGGGAGAGGAUACGGCAGAGAGUCGGGGGAGUGGUGGUGGUGGGUGUGGAUGUUAAUGAAAGCGGUCAGAAGGUCGUUGACUUCGCGAUUGAGAAUAUGGUGAAGCGAGGCGGCAAGCUUGUGCUCGUGCACGUCGCCACCGUCACUCCCCUCGUUCAGUCCGGCCCAGGCCGCAGCGACAAGAGAGAGGUGAAGAGCAGGGAGCGCGCGUGGUGGGGGGGAUACAACCUGCACAUGUCACACGAGGUCGCACGCCUGCUCAAGCCACACAGGCGGCACUGCAGAGCCGCUGCGAUGGAAGUGGAGGUGCGGAUAGUGCGAGGCAAGUCAGUGCCACACACGCUCUUGAAAGAGGCUGCUGCGCUCUCUGCAACCACGCUGCUGCUGGGGGGGCAGGGGCGGAAGGGCAAGGGCAAGGAGAACGCGCAGGGAGAAGGGGAGGGUGCACGGGAGGAGAGGCGGAGGGGGGAGGCCGCAGCAGCAGGCGCAGCAGCAGCAGGGGUGGCGGGGAUGAGUGUGGUCGGAGGAAUGCCGGUUGGAAAAUCAAGCCUGGAAUCAACGCCUUCUCCUCUCCCAUUCCAACCCCCAUUCCCCCCAACAGGCAAUCGGGCCCCAGCACAGCAAGCUACUGCGCCGCCCCCCUCUGGGCUGUGUGGUGCUCGUGGUGGAUCUCUCCUCCUCGCGAGUCGUGCUGCAGCCUGGACUCAACGCCUUCUCCUCUCCCAUCCCAACCCCCAUUCCCCCCACCAGGCAAUCGGGCCCCAGCACUGCAAGUUAUUGCGCCCGGCGUCCCCAACUAGGCUGUGUGGUGCUCGUGGUGGACCCCUCUUCCUCGCGUGUCGUGCUGCAGUCAGGCAACGUCGACGUCCGCUACCCCAACCACCCCAUGACGCCUUGUGUUCUCCCAUCCCCAUCUCCAUUCCCCCCAGCAGGCAAUCGGGUCCCAACACAUCAAGCUACUGUGCCCGUCGUCCCCCUCUAGGCUGUGUGGUGCUCGUGGUGGAUCCUUCCUCCUCGCGUGUCGUGCUGCAGUCAGGGAACGUUGACUUCCGCUACCCCAACCACCCCAUCCGGGGCCGCCACAGGCCUAACGCCACCCGCGCCCGCACCCUCGGUGCUGGGGGUGCCGGUGCUGCUGGUAGCGGUGGUGCUGCUGCUUUGGAGGCUGCUGGGAGUGAUGGGGUUGGGAGUGCUGGUGCUACAGCACGGGAUGGUGGUAGCGUUCAGAGGAAUAGUGGCAGUUUGAGAGGGAUGGAAGGGGAUGGGGAAGGGUCUGUGAAGCCAGCACGGGAGGGUGGUAAUGUUCAGAGGAGUAGUGGCAGUUUGAGAGGGGUGGAAGGGGAGGGAGAAGGGGAGGCUCGUGCUAAAGGGGUGGGGUCAUUGGCGGGGUGGAAGGUGGGUGGUGGUGCUGACGAUGGGUCGAGUGUUCAGAGCUACAGGAGUAGUCUGCAUGGGGUGAAGGAGGAGGAGGAGGAAGAAGAGGAAGAGGAAGAAGAGGAGGAAGAAGAGGAGGAAGAAGAGGACGAGGAGGAUGGGGAGGGGGACGAGGAGGAAGAAGAAGGGCAUCACCACGCCUCCUCCCUCUCUCGCCCCCCGCCUGUUCGCCCGUCAUGUAGACCAAGAACGGAACGGCAGGAGGAGGAUGAGGAGGAGGCGGACGAGGAGGAGGAGCAGGAGCAGCAAGAGUAUGAGGAGCAGGAGUCUGGUGAAUGGCAAGAGCCGGGGGGAUUAGGGAUAGAGCAGCAGCGGAGAAUAGAUACUACACACCAGGCAGGCACUCCGGCAGGGUCAGCAGUAUCAGACUCCCACAGCACAGCAGGAGGCUCGGAUGACAAGCCACACGCCCCUCUCCACACGUCUGUCUUCGGGGAGUCAAGUGUCCCUCUGGUGGGGCAAACUCAGCAGCAGGCAGAGGGGGUGCAAGGUGGUGGGGGAAGGCGGUCUAUGGAUGGGCUUCUUGCUGCCAACCGGCAUGUUGCGCUUCUGAAUCGCCGGCCCUGGCCCAAGAACGUGCCCGCUCACACCCAGCCCCAGCAUGUGCCUGCUGCUGCUGCUGGAGUUGGUGCUGCUGCCCCUGCUGCUGCCCCUGCUGCUGCCCCUGCUGCUGCCCCUGCUGCUACUGCGACUGCUGCUAGUGCCGCCGCUGCUGCUGGCAGCCCUGCUGAUGGGGCUGCAAAAUCUGCUGCUGCUGCUGCUGCUGUAGCGUCUCCGCUUGAUGUGCCGAUUCCUUCCGCUGCACCCUCUGCUGGCGCUCCUCCUGUUGCGUCUGCUGGGAAGAGCACCCCGCCAAUUUCAGUAGACGACCUGUUUCAGCUCGUCUUUGCAAACCAGAAUUUACUCGCACAGCAGCAGCAAAUCCAGCCUUUAUCCUCCUCCUCCCGCUCGUCUCAAUUCCUUCCAGCUGCCACGCACUCUCCCGCCCGCAUCUUUCCUCUCAAAGAGCUUGUUGCAGCAACAGGAAAUUUCGCUCGAGAGAACAUGAUAGGGAAGGGAGGGUACGCGCAUGUGUAUAAAGGGAAACUGAAGCUUACUAUAGGGGAGCAUACGGGCAGUGGGGGUGCGGUUGGUGGCGGUGGUAGAGGCGGAUUGAGGAGUUCGGGGGGGUCGAGCAAGGUUGUGAGGGUGGCGGUUAAGAGGGUGUAUAAGAAGGGGAGGAGUAGGGACAAGGAGCGGGCGAAGCAGGCGAGGGAAAAAGAAGUGAGGGAGAAGGAAAAGAGAGGAGGAGGUGUUGGGGAGGAGGGGAAGGAGGGAAAAGAGGAGGGAAAGGAGGAGGGAAACGAGGAGGGUGACGGCCUAGAGGAACAAGAAGGAGAAGAAGAGAGGAAGGCUCGUGAGGCAGAGGAGAAUGAGAGAUUUAUGACUGAGGUGCGGAUAGUAGAGCAAGCCAGUGCCCAUCCGAACAUUGUGAAGCUUCUGGGAUACUGCAUGGAGGGAGGAGAGCAUAUUAUGGUGUAUGAGCUGGCAGGGAAUGGCAGUGUGGAGCGCAACUUGCACUCCAAGUCAAGAGAUGUGAUGCCGUGGGAGCGGCGCGUGCAGGCUUUGGUCGGCGCGGCUCGAGGGCUGGCCUACCUCCACAGCGGCUCAGCAGCAGCAGGAGCAGGUGAAACAGCAGCAGCAGCAGCAGCAGCAGCAGCAGCAGGAGAGGGGUGCAUAGUGCAUAGGGACAUCAAGACAGGCAACAUUCUAGUGGGCCACGACUGGCAACCACUGGUUGCUGAUUUCGGCCUUGCUAGAUGGAUCCCCUCUCCUCCCCCACCCACCUCCGCAUCCCCCUUACAAGCCUCCCCUUUACAAGCCUCUUCAUCUCCCUUACAAUCCUCUGGGUCGGCUAUAAAUGGGGUGGCGAAUAAACCUGCUAUAGACGGAUCCAUUAAGUCUCCUAUAGAGGGUACGGUGGGGUAUAUGGCGCCCGAGUAUUUUCUUAGGGGGCGGCUGUCCACCCACACUGAUACAUACGCGUUUGGAGUGCUGCUGCUGGAGCUUAUAACGAGUCGCAGGCCUGUGGAUCCGCGGCGGAGCAAAGAGGAGAUGGACCUGGUGCUGUGGGCGCUCUUCCUGCUGGGCUCUGGUAGACUGCAUCUGUUAGUGGUAGACCCCCGUCUGGAGGGCACGGUGGAUCUGCCUUCUCUCCACCGCAUGGCUGCUGCUGUGCUGCUCUGCUCAAGUGCCAAAAGAGGCUUGCUUUUUUAUUCUCUCCCUCUCCCCCCCUCCCCUUUUCAGGCGCUCCCUCUGCUGGGCUCUGGUAGACUGCACCUGUUAGUGGACCCCCGUCUGGAGGGCACGUUGGAUCUGCCCUCACUGCACCGCAUGGCUGCUGCUGCCCUGCUCUGCCUGCGCCACACGCCCUCCCUCCGCCCCUCCAUGCACCAAGUGGCCCUGCUGCUAGAAGGGCAUUCGCUGAACUACCAGCAGGUGGGUUUCCUGUCUUAG